CUAAGUAUUUGUCAACGGCUACUGCCACCAGAGCAUAUCCAUGUUGCAAAAGUCAGAGUGGUCAACCGGUCUGAUAGACAAGCUUACAGUCGCUGAGUGGCUGCUAUUGUUUUUUUUUUUCUGCAUGACAUUUGCAGUCACCGCAAUGUUCCAGUUUGACUGUCACUAUAUAAAACAAUUGGAUUAGUUCCACUACCAGUCUAAGAAAGUGGUAUUUCAGUCUAUAAACUUACAGAAGCCUUAGCAAAAUAUGGACAGAUCUUUACGCAGGAGUAAGAGAAAGGCUGGAACUGAUAAUCAGACGUCAGGUAAAAAGAGCAGGCCAGAAGACUUCCUGUCAGAGGCACCUAGAGAGGUGGAUCUUGUCCACUAUGCUGAGAGUCAUGCCAAUGAGAUACAGGUACUCAGUAGCAAGGUAGACAUUAUUGGCGGAGGUAGAAACGUCGCACAGAAGAUACCGGUACAUAUGAGAAGACGUGCAAUGAGCCACAAUGUUAAAAGGCUCCCCAGAAGUAUCAGAGCUUUAGCCGCACAUUUGGUGGGAACUAAAGUGAAGAAGCCGAGCAGGUAUCAUCGCAGACGACCGAAGAAUUUGUUACAAGAAUAUACGCGACGGCAGAGAAAACAUGUCUGGCUGGAAACCCACAUCUGGCACGCUAAAAGAUUUCAUAUGGUUGAAAAAUGGGGAUACAAGUUGCCAUGGAAACCUACCAUGAAAAGUGAAAGAGCUUGUUACAGGGCAGUUAGCAGACAUUGUUUACUGCAGGAUCUGUCAUUUAUGAGUUGUAUUGAAAUAGUGGGAGGACAAGAUAACAUACUGCAAGGCUUGGCACAUGUAACAAAUCCUCAAACAGGUCAGACAUUUGCUGCUGUUUCUUGUUUAGCUGGUACCAGAGAGGGAAACACCAUCAUGUAUGAGUCUGACAAAUAUCCUUGGAAUGCCAUUGGUCCAGUUUCAUUCAUGUGGAAUCCCUCUCCACCAAUCAGAGAUAAGUCUCAGAACGAGGCAGCCAAUCAAAGGCAGCUUUGGAUUUGGUGCCACCCAAGCAUUUUUGACCAAAUUUGGAAAGAAUUACUUGAUUGUUUGAAUCUAAAAGAGACCAAGCUGAUCAAGAAAGAAGAGGGUAAUACAACAGAAAGUGUGGACAAAAAGAAAGAAGAUGAAAAUACAGAACCUUUCAUUUGUGACAAAUAUAGAACAAAUGUUGUAGCUGUUGAUGCAGGUGAACUCAUCACGAUGAAAUCAUUAACAGGAUCAUUGUUAAAAUUUCGUUUGACUGGUCCACAGUCCACUGCAGUGUUGGUAGACACUCUUCAGCAGGCAAAUAUUGUACCAGUCAAACAGUCAGAAGAAAUUUCAUCAUGGUGGAAUGGUUACUAUGGAAACUCUGAACAUUCCAUUGGACAUGUGACACAACGAGAGUUCAUGGAGAGUAUGGAAGCAUGCCAGUCACCAUCAGAGUUACCUCCCCAUUGUGUAGUUGCUAUGACAGUCAGAGAUCCACGUCUGACAAGACCUGUGCAAAGAACAAAAGUGGUUUCAGAUGAAGAAAAUAUAAAUCAGGACAUGUCAUCAUUCCGUGACAAGCUAACCAAAGAUGUCUCCACCUCCCCACUAUGGAUAGAGAGUAUCAGAGAUGAGGUUACCUCAACAAAGUUUACUGACUAUAGAAUUCAUGAACUAAAAUCACAGAAACUUGUACCAGGACUUCCACUAGAGCUGGGUGAUGAUGAAUCAAGAAUCCCUGUAAUUGUUAUCCAAAGACCUGGAGUUACAUCCCUUGCCAACUGUAGGGGGCAUUCACCUAAUCUAGGGCAAGGUAGUGGUUUUGAUAUGUUGUUGCCAAAAGGGUGGGGCAUGGCUUUUUGGUUGGCUUUAGUGUUCAGAGGAGCUAGAUGUGCAGGGCUGAGGGAGCAAGAAUGUAAUGCCUAUGAGGAGAAAUCAUUAUUAUUUCCAAAUGAUUUUCCUGAUUCUGUGUCAGGAUGCAAAUAUCAGCAGGACUUAGAGAAAGAAAAAGUGGACAAGUAUAAUAGGAUUCCACCAUCUAAGAGACCAAAUUUUACAAAGUAUGGAGUUGUCUCCCCUUUCAGUUGCCCAUGGGAUCUACUGGUCAAAGAAUGGAAAGGCAGAGAAGAUGAAGAUACACAACAUGAUAAACCAAAGCAAACAGAUGAGUCUGAGACAGAUGUAAAUAAAGAAGUUGUAAAAGUGACUGGUGAAAUAGGGAAUGACAUGGAAGCUGUCCCUGGGAGUAAAAUGAGUAACAGUUCUCAGUCAAAUGAAGAACUUAACAAAACAAGCCAGUUUUAUGUCCUAAGGAAUUCAAAACUUCUCAGGAAGCUACAGAAUAUAUGUCAGGUUGAAAGAUAUAGACCAUGUCAGAAAGGUAAAGUUGAUGUAAAAGUUGAUGUUUUAAAUACUUUGGAGACUGAACAUUAUAAUGCAGUAGUUGCUGUAAGAUUGGAUAUGGUACAAAAAGGCUGUCCAGGUCAGUUUUCUACAGUAUGUGUUCCAAGUAAAGAAGAUAUUGAACAGUUUAACAAAAAUAAAAGUUAUGGUGGCCCAGUGGAGCCAUUACAUGUUGAUCCAGUUCUAAUUGAGAAAAAAGACCUACAAAAGCAAAUGAAACAAAAAGGAUUGAAAAAAAAAGUGAAAGUAGAUAGAAGUUUGAAACUGAUUGCUGAGAAAGAAGGGGUCACUGUAAGAGCAGGUUGUAGAGAUGUUAUUGGCUAUUUGAACUCUGGUGGUUUCUCUCUCGGAACAGGGAAUGGAGGUGGGGUUGGCUUUGUGUCAUCAAUGGGUUUGGUAGACUUGGUUAGGAAUAGUAGGGAAAGCGAGCAGGGACCACUUGUUCUAGUUAGAGGAAAUUCAUCAUUACAGUAUCGUUUUGCAAGGUUAUCUAUCAUAAUAUAGUGAUAGUAAGAUUGUUUAGUGAAAAUUUGGUAAAAAUAGUUCUUUAGAAGUUGAGAAUUUUGCAUUAACUGCCAGAAGUAUUGGUGACAGUCAAAUUAACUUUUAUGUAUAGCAUUGUAUAAAUAUGUGACAGCUUUCACAAAAACCACUGCUUAAUUCUAUUCAGUAAUAGUUUUUAUACCUAGUGUAAUUCGGGUCUUGAAUUGCAUAUUGCAUAGUUUGCAUUGUAACAAGUAAAAAAAUUUAAAGAAAGAAGAAAUUGGUUAUAUUAA